UUGGUUUUCGCUCAGCACAAGGCUGGAAAGAUUUAUUAAGUGUUUUUAUAAAAAUAUAUUUCAAAGUUAUAGAAAAGAAAGAAAGAGAGAGAGAAGGAGAGGGAGAGAAGGAGGGAGAGAGUGGUUUGCACUGCUCACAUCUACGCGAUGUUGCCCAACCACGCACUUACCCGCUCCAUCUUCGCCUCCUGGGAGACAUGCUCUUGUUGUUGUUCGUCGUCAUCGUCGUCUUCGUGCUGCUCCUGGUCAGCAGCAGAGUCAACAUCAACUUCAAUGAUGAUGGUACUGUUGCUGCUGUCAUCGCUGUCAUCGCUGUGGUGGUGGCCGUCGUGGCCUCGAUUGCGGCGCGGGCGGGGCUUGUCCUUGAUAGCUGUGGUCACUUUUGUAACGCGACCUCCACGGGUGGUUUUGAUCUUGGUGAUCAGUGAAGUGAUGAACUUACUUCCAGUUAUCUUGUUUACGACCUUCAUGCUUGCGUGAAAACCAGUGGAGAAGUAAAGCGGAAAGAGAGG